AUGAACAGAGAAGACGCAAACGCUAAUAAAAAGAUCGAAAGUAAACAUGGCACAAUUCCGACGAACAUCGUAGCCUAUCGUGACAAAGAGGGUAAACUGCAAACAUCGUUACCGAUCCAGCAAUCCACUUUGACAAAGUCAAAAUCGCUCCGCUCGAAAAUUUCGCGUCGCAUUCAUAGAUUUUUACCGAUUAUCGAUUGGCUGCCAAAUUAUGAUGUGAAAAAGAAUAUUCUCGGUGAUAUUGUUGGAGGUCUUACAAUUGGUGUUUUGCACACCACACAAGGUAUUGCAUACGCACUUCUGGCUCGUGUUCAGCCUGUUUAUGGCCUAUAUACUUCAUUUUUUCCGGCGCUUAUCUAUGCGAUUUUUGGUACAUCAAGACACGCAUCGGUUGGUUCAUUUGCAAUAGUUGCACUGAUGUGUGGUAUGGCCGUCGACCGAGUAAUGAUGAACGAUCAAAUGCAACGAAGCCAAAACGAAACGCUCGGAAUGGAUGCGAAUGAUACGAAGAAUAUCGCAGUUCCCGAGUACUCAGCAAUCGAAAUCGCAAGUACCAUCUUCACAAUGCAAGGAAUCAUUUUGUUGGUGGCUGCAAUAUGCGGUCUUCAGUUCAUCACAAAAUAUUUUUCUGAUACGCUUGUCUCAGGCUUCACAACCGGGGCAGCAGUUCAUGUGGCUGUCGGACAAAUAAAAGUCGUGCUCGGACUUAAUAUCAAAGCUGUUGGCAAUAGGCACAUCUUGAAGCGAAUAUCGGAUAUAGUAAUGAAUAUCCCGAAUGCUAAUAUUUGUGUCGUCAUUACUUCGGUAUGUAGUAUGUUGUUUAUUUACAUUGGAAAGGAGUUCAUCGAUCCACGUGUAAAGCGAUACUCAAAGGCGAUUCAGAUCCCAUAUGAGCUCAUUUUGAUGUAUUUCAUGUGCGCUGCGUUGGAGAGAUACCCGUCGGGCAUGUUGCCGAAACCACGACUGCCUCGUUUUGAACUGAUGCCUGAAUGCUUGCCAGACGCACUUGCCAUAGCUGCACUCUCGAUCGCUAUUCAUAUUUCAAUGUCGAAAAUGUUAGCGAAAAAACUGAAAUAUAAAAUUGAUGCUGGACAGGAACUUUAUGCAUACGGGUUGAUGGGGACAAUAUCAGGUCUGUUUUUGUGUUAUCCGUCAUCCACUUCUAUGGGAAGGACAUUGGUGAGCGUUGCGAGUGGAUCGCAGACACAGGCGAGUUGCACUGAUUUUGCACUCUCAACCAGUUCAGAUCUCAAUAAACGACCUGAGGAGGAAACUGACAACAAAAAGUGA